AUCCACAGCGCGGUGUGCUACGUCAUCAUGUGUUUCUGGCGCGUGUGGGAAACAUUUGAAAGGAUGAGGCGCGAGAUAUCGUGAAUAAACAAAAUAAAAUAAUGAAUGAUGAAUAUACAGCGAUAUCUCAACGACCAGGAGCGGAAUAUAAUAUUUGUGGAUAUUGAUGUGGAGCCUCUGGAUGUUCAGCCAACACGCACAACUGAUUAAUCUAAAAUAUCGCCUGGAGGUGUGUGGAAUCAACAUUUCCGUUAGAAGAACCGACUGUCUUUCCUAUGUCGGUUUCUCAUCAGACGUCAGUGGUCAGCACCCCCCUUCCCCUUCCCACCCACUUCUAUGAUGCCCAGCAGUCCUUCUCCCUGAAGAAACGCAGACUGCCCUUCUCUUCCGCCACAUCAUCAUCCUCCCUGUCCCCACCACGGCCGCUCUCUUGCUCUUUACCGCCGCGGCCCCCAUCUAAAGGAUGCCCCCCAGUCAGUCGGGUGUUUGCCCACCGCCCCACCCCUUGGACGCCCCUGUCACGCUCUCUUAUAGAGUCACCCCCUCCCCGCUUUGUGUAUGACCCAUGUCAGCCGCAGUCAUUUUUUAGCCAGUGCUUCACCAACCUGGGCCUGAUUGGACGAGGCUCCUUUGGUGAAGUGUUCAAGGUGGAGAGUCUUGUGGACGGCUGUCAGUACGCUGUCAAGCGUUCAGUGCAGCGUUUCCGUGGUGAAGGUGAGCGAGUUAGGAGCAUUAAAGAAGCUCGUAAUCAUGAAGGAUUGUGUCCUCACCCUCACGUGCUGGGCUUCAUUGCUGCCUGGGAGGAGGCUGGUCACCUGUACAUCCAGACUGAACUCUGCUACACCAGUCUGCUGCUACAUGCCGAGGAACAGCCUUCACACACUGGUGAGGCGUGUGCCUGGACAUACCUGUGUGACAUGCUCGCAGCGCUCGAGCACCUGCACGCUCAAGGGUUUGCCCACUUGGACAUCAAACCAGCAAACGUUUUCCUCACCAAGUCUGGACGCCUCAAACUUGGAGACUUUGGCUUGUUGCUUAAGCUUUCCACAGAUGCCCAAACACGAGGGACAGAGAUAGAGAGAGGAAUGGACAGAGAGCAGGAGGAUUUACAGGAGGGAGACCCCAGAUACAUGGCCCCGGAGCUGCUCAGAGGACAGUAUGGGACCGCCGCUGACAUCUUCAGUUUGGGAGUGUCUAUUCUGGAGAUGGCCUGUAACAUUGAGGUUCCUAAAGGAGGAGACGGAUGGCAGCAGCUCAGACAGGGACACUUACCAGCUGAAUUCACCAAUGCACUGUCAGCAGAGUUGCAGUAUGUACUACGGCUCAUGCUGAUCCCAGAUCCGUGCAACAGAGUAACGGCACAGCAGCUGCUCUCACUGCCCUCAGUGUGCAAACACAAGUGGAGACGACAGCUGUCUCUCUGCAUCAUCGAGACCUUCCUGUCGCUAUUCAGCUUCUGUCAAUCCCUCCUGACGGCCGGUUGGAGAUUUCUGUCCUCCCUCAAUGUGCCGUUUACUCCUCUCUGCUCCUCCUCUCCUCCUCGCACUCCUCCCAGAGAGAGAUGGGAGAGAGACGUUGACGUGAGCAACAUUCACUCUGACUCUGACAGUCCCACUCAUCAGUGUGUGUUCAUAACAGAAGACCACCAACACUCUCCCACUUUCUCACACAGAGUCCAAGCAAGGUUAUCUGUGAGCAGCACCUCUACUCCACUGCCACACACACCCACACACACUCCCUCCAGCAUCCACUCUAGCAACAGCCUGAGCCCCAUAAACCACAGCUCUCAUCACAGUCUCAUCACAGAUUCGCCACACAGCCGAAGCUCCGGCUGGAUCCGCACCGAAGUAGCCAAUAGAAGCACAUUUGAGCCGAAGAACUUGCUUAGUCUUUUUGAUGAGACCACACUUGACGGUGAGCCCUAGUGCACGCUGUUAGCUGUAUAUAGAGUAAAAAUCUAAUAUCAGUUUUAGUUUGCUUUGAUUUGGUGCCUGUUUUGUGGAUAUUUACCAUUUAUGUGGGGAAACAUUUAAAGACAUUGAAUGUAUUUACACCUUAUUUUGGGUUUCUUUUUUUAAUGUAUCACUAGAGUGAUGCAGUGUUUGCCUCUGGAAUGUCACAGCCUGCUUUUACAAAAUUACUCGGAAGACUUGAGAUUGAUGUAUAUUAUUAAGGUAAAAAUAUAUCCCGAUACUCUGUAAAUUGUUCAAGUAUUUAGCGGCAUGUUGGUACUUUUAUCUGCAAUGAACCAAGUGCUUCAGUCACUUGAUCUUCAAUUAAAAGGAUAUGUGGAAAAUGAGAUUUUCCAGACUUUCUGUUCAUAAUUAAUUAUUACAUAUUUGAAAAUGUUAUUUUAUGGUCGCAUUUUAAGCAUGCAUGAUCUAGACAUAUUUUGAACAGUGCACUACAUUAAGGGAAAGAACUCCAAUGACUUUGCAAGGAUUAAGCAACUACCAAAUUUUCUAAAACCAAAAAAAUAAAAAUAAACAUCAGAAUUUAUAAACAUUUAUUUAAUAUCAUUCUUGCCCAUUUUGACUUUCAAUAGUUAUUUUAUUAAAAUUAUGUUUUGCUCAUACAGUAAAUGUAAUGUUUCAUAAUAGAGUGAUGUCUAAUAAUGCUUCUUAAAUGAUUGAGCUGGUUUUGCUAAUCUUUACUUGGCAUUUUAUGAGCCAUUUUAACUUAACAAAUAAAGGGCAAAGGUUGGGUGGGGCAUGUGUUUUAGAUAUUUUGAUAAACAACCUUUUGAUCAACCACCGGGUUCUCAUAAAAAGUAGAUACCUACUUUGAUAUAAUAUACAAAUACUGUAUGUAAUUAAUAAGAUGAUGCCAAAUUUUCUGUUUUAACGGUGCAAUUUCAUUACAGUUCAAGUUUUAAGCAUGAAUAAAUGUUCAGAAAUAAAAAUUAUUACAUGUAUAAUUCGUAAUUCUAAAUUAUUAUUAUUAUACAUUAUUUACUCACCCUCAUGCUAUCCCAGAUGUGUAUGACUCUCUCUUCUGUAGAACAGAAAUU